AUGAAGUUAGCCGUGUUCAGCGCCAAAUCUUACGAUCGCACCUAUCUGGAGGAGGUGCGUAUCCAGCGGUUUUCUCAAUUGUGCGAGAUCGAGUACCACGCCUUUGCUCUGUCUGAGGAGACCGUCCCGUUGGCUAAAGGCUGCGAUGCGGUGUGCGUCUUCGUCAACGACACCCUCGAUGCGCGCGUGCUGCACGCCUUACAUGCCGGUGGCGUGCGGGCGAUCCUGCUGCGAUGUGCAGGUUUCAACCAUGUCGACUUACCGACCGCCGAAAAAUUAGGCCUCUUCGUCGCUAAUGUUCCAGCUUAUUCGCCAGAAGCGGUGGCCGAGUUCGCCGUCGCCUUGGUGCAGACGCUGAAUCGCAAGACUCAUCGUGCCUAUAAUCGCGUGCGUGAGGGGAACUUCAACAUCGAGGGCCUCCUGGGAACGACCUUGCGUGGCAAGACGGUCGGCAUCGUCGGAGUGGGACGCAUCGGUCUCGCGACGGCGCGCAUCUUCCAUGGCUUUGGCUGCCGAUUGCUAGCCCAUGACCCCUUUGCGGGGGAUGAGUUCCACCAGUACGGGACCCUGGUUGACUUGGACAACCUGUUGCAGGAGAGCCACAUUGUCAGUUUGCACUGUCCACUGACCGACAGCACGCGCCACCUUAUCAAUCAGAGCACACUUCGGCGGAUGCGGCCUGGCGCAAUGUUGGUGAAUACGUCCCGAGGAGGACUCAUCGAUACGACGGCAGUCACCCACGCCUUGAAGACGCGGCACCUGGGUGGAAUUGCACUGGAUGUGUACGAGGCUGAGGGCGAGUUGUUCUACAAUGAUCACUCCGGUGAGAUUAUUGAUGAUGAUAUCCUGAUGCGCUUGAUGACCUUCCCCAACGUUCUGAUCUGUGGGCAUCAGGCAUUCUUUACUCGGGAGGCACUCACCGAGAUUGCCGAGGUUACCUUGACGAACCUGACGGCCUUUGUGAACGGUCUGUCAUGCCCCAACUCCCUCGUCACGGAGGGCCAUGUACUCGUGCGAGCAGAUACGGCCCCAGUACGGAUGUAG